AUUUGAAAAUACGAAAGGCCUUCGCUUUUUCCCUCUACCCUUUCUUUCUAUACUUUCUUUCUUUCUUUGUUCUUUGCUCAACGCAACACAACGCAACGUCUCUCACAAAUGCAAGACAUUUUCGGAUCAGUUCGCCGGUCACUAGUAUUCCGUGCUUCACCGGAGAACGAAGAUCACUCACUCGGAGUCGGAGGAACCCUAGUUGAUAAGAUCGGUUAUUGUAUUCGCAAUUCUAGAGUUUUUUCUAAACCUUCUCCGCCGUCGCCGCCGAUUCGUAAAGACACUGUGCCUCAAAUCCGAUGGAGGAAAGGCGAAUUGAUCGGUUGUGGUGCCUUUGGUCAUGUUUACGUUGGAAUGAAUCUCGAUUCUGGAGAACUUCUAGCAGUUAAACAGGUUUUGAUUGCAGCAAGUAGUGCUUCGAAGGAGAAGGCACAGGCUCAUGUAAAAGAACUUGAGGAAGAAGUUAAACUGCUUAAAGAUCUUUCGCAUCCCAACAUUGUUAGAUAUUUGGGUACUGUCAGAGAAGAAGAUACCUUAAAUAUUCUUCUGGAGUUUGUUCCUGGUGGAUCCAUAUCUUCACUGUUGGGGAAGUUUGGCGCUUUCCCCGAGGCUGUCAUAAGAACUUACACGAAGCAGAUAUUGCUUGGACUCGAGUACUUGCACAAAAAUGGAAUCAUGCACAGGGACAUUAAGGGGGCCAAUAUUCUUGUAGAUAAUAAAGGAUGCAUAAAGCUUGCAGAUUUUGGAGCUUCUAAACAGGUCGUUGAGCUGGCUACCAUUUCCGGUGCCAAGUCUAUGAAGGGUACUCCAUAUUGGAUGGCUCCUGAAGUUAUUCUCCAGACUGGGCAUAGCUUCUCUGCUGACAUUUGGAGCGUGGGUUGUACAGUGAUUGAGAUGGCUACUGGAAAGCCUCCUUGGAGUCAGCAAUACCAACAAGAGGUUGCUGCUCUCUUCCAUAUAGGGACAACUAAGUCUCAUCCACCAAUCCCUGACCAUCUCUCUGCUGGCGCAAAAGAUUUUCUGCUAAAGUGCUUGCAGAAGGAACCAAUUUUGAGGCUAUCAGCACCAGAACUGCUUCAGCAUCCCUUUGUUACUGGUGAAAAUGUGGAUUCGAUUCCUCAGUCAUCUACUGCCAUGGAAAGUUUUAGAUCUUCUUCACCAUCAUGUGUUCCAGAUGUUGAAUCAUUACUUUGCUGCUCAACAGCAAAUCCUCAGGACUCAGGAAAUGAACAUUUAUGGGGAAUGAGCAAUGAUGAUGACAUGUGUGUGAUUGAUGACAACGAAGAGUUCUCAGAGUGUGAUGUCAAAUACAAAUCAUUCAUUCCAGAUAAUAUUGAGAGUUUCAACCCUAUGUCCGAUCCCUCUGAUGAUUGGGGAAGCAAAUUUGAUGCAAGUCCAGAACUGGAAAAUAGAGGAGUUAGUUUGGACACUGAUGAAAGUUACAUGUCACCUGGUCAAAUGGAGUCUAAUAAGGAACAGAAAGAUUUACCCUUUCCAUGUGUGCCAUCUCUAUCAGAAGAAGACGAUGAGCUCACAGAGUCAAAAAUUAAAGCUUUUUUGGAUGAGAAGGCUCUUGAACUGAAAAAACUGCAGACUCCUUUAUAUGAAGAGUUUUUCAACAGUUUAAAUGCAUCCUGUUCUCCUAAUGUGAUUGAUAGCACAAGUGAUGAUACCCCCGGUCGAAAAUACUUGAAAUUACCUCCUAAAAGCAAGUCACCAAGUCGAAUACCAAUUAGUUCUCCAUCUAAAGCAGUUGAUAGUGCUGGAAGUCCUGGAAGUAAUGGCAGGUCCUCAUCAACGGUUGGCAAUGUAAAUAAUCAUGGUUCGCAGGAUAUUCCAGUAUCUCCCCUUAAUGAACGGAAAGGAAUGAUAGCCGACUCCCAACAGGAGCCCUUUAGCCCAAGUUUAAGCUUUUCUGAGAGACAGAGGAAGUGGAAAGAAGAGCUAGAUCAGGAGCUUGAGAGAAAACGAGAAAUGAUGCGCCAAGCUGGUAUGGGGGGAAAGACAUCUUCACCAAAGGAUCGAGCUUUACAUCGACAGAGAGAGCGAACAAGAUUUGCUUCUCCCGGCAAAUAACUGUGUUUGUUAGAGCGUUCAUCCUGUCUUCGUGAACGUCGGAUUGCAAACACGUGUUGCUGCAGUUUUGUUGGGGUUGUCAAUGUUAUAUAAUAUAUCUGAUUUGUCCGUUUUGUCAUUUGACAUAUCUCACAUGCUUAGCUUGGCCGUGCUGUUGUGUUAUGUAAAGCUUUUUACACAGGUGUUGCUUGAAAUUUUUUACUUUCCUUUGGGGUUGAGAUAGAUGCUCGUCUCAAGUUUAUAUGCCCUUUGUAUUAUGAAAAUAGAAAUAAUCAGAACUGUGUGGGGGCAAGUUUCCUUAUUGAGAUGUUCCACUUCCCUCUGUUUCCAAUGAUAAUUGCAGUUUGAUUUUUUAUUUCUCCUGCAGCACGGAAUUGAUCUCCCGA